AUGCCCUUCCUCACCAAAACCCUCCUCACCCUCCUCGCCACCGCCAUGGCCGCCUCCGCCACCGACCAAGGCUACGACGGCACCAUCACGACCGAAGGCAUCGGCAACUGUCCUCUCACACAGCACGCCGAGAACCACAUCGAAUUCUCCUGGGAGCCCACGAACGGCAGCGUCUGCGUGGACCUGGGCCGUCCGUACGCCGACGCCUACCACGCGGGAUUGACCGCGCAGGCGCAGACCCCUGAGAGCGUCGACCCGCCGCAGUUUGGCGGCUGCAGGGACAGCGACUGUACGGAUUGUACGUUCGUGGAUAUCAAGUAUGGGGGUGACCCUGGGAGCAUCAAGGUGGAUUGUUUGGAGUUGAAGGAUGCGCCGUAUUUGUUUGUGGGGGUGGCGAAGGAUCAGAAGAAGAAGGAUCUGUAA